AUGGUGAUGGUCUUUUUUAGGGGCACUGGCGAAUGGAGACGUGGCGGAGCAAAAAAACGGAGAGGAGAGGACAAUAGAGUACCGAGAGGCGACAUGGCGGAGUGGCCCCAUUCUCCCUUCUUCCCCUCUCCGCGCUUUCUUCUUUUCCCUCCUCAUCUGCUCUCCCCUCGUCCCCCCCGCUCUCCCCUCAUCCCCCCCGCGCUCCCCUCAUCCCCCCCGCGCUCCCCUCAUCCCCCCCGCGCUCCCCUCAUCCCCCCCGCGCUCUCCUCAUCCCCCCCGCUCUCCCCUCAACCCCCUCGCGCUCCCCUCAUUCUUCCAGCUCUCUCCUCAUCUUCCCACGCCCCUCCGUCGCGCUCCCCUUGUCUUCCUCAUAUGUCUGAGGCCUCUGCUUGUCCCGCCUCGCUCGCACCUUCUUCCCCCGCACCCACCUCCCAUCCUUUUUUCCCUCAACCUUCCUUUCCUCCUCUCGCCCCCAACACACACACCAUUCUAGCUACCCUUUCGAUCCACCCUGCGUUGUUCCCCCCAGCCCGCUCCUCAUCUUUCCCCCUGCUCACCCCUCAUUUCCGCCCACCCACUCACCACUAA